AUGAAUAGUAUGUUUAAUAAUCCUGCACCAAAUCUUCGAGUGCGUCUAUUUAUAAGAAUUAAGUAAAUUCAAAUUUUAUAUUCGUUUUAUUAGAAUAGACAUUGCAGUAAAAUAUACAUUUUCAAAAUGAUUAUAUUUUAUUUUUCUUUAGCUCUUUCAAGAUGUUUACGGAUUUAAACAUAGUCCCAAAUUUAAUGUUGCUUUUCUAGUUUAAUAAUAUAUUAAUUUUGAUUUGAUGACAAUACUAAAAUUUUUGUGUUAAAACUCAUCGAAGCCUAAAGAAAAUGGCCUACAAAAUUUAAAAGAUAUGCCUCCCAUACAGAUUUGUAUUCGUUCCAUCCAAUGAUUGCACUUUAUUUAUUAAUUCUAAGUUUAGAGCAAUGAUUAUAUAGACUCAGUAACGAUGAGUAUUUAUUUUCUUGAAGUUUUUGAACAUUAAUUUUAGUUCUAGUUGAUAUCAUUCAUAACCUGUCAUAUCUAGUAUUACUUCUAAAUAUGACCCAACAUGUGUAUUUCACAUGCUGUUGUCGGCUUUUGUAAAAAAUAUUAAUGAAAAAUAUUGGAUUGAUAGCUUUAUUGACAGAAAAAAAACCUUUACUUUUUCUACGAGAUUUACAAAAAAAACGUAAACACACUCAACUCCACGUCGUAAUGGUAAAAGACGAAAGAAAAAUGAAAAAGAAAAAGACAAAGGACUAUUAUUGUGUUGAUGAUAUUCUUGAAAAGUUGUUUUUCUUUUGUUUAUUUAGUAGUAGAUUAAAAUGGAAUUUAAUUCCCAUGAAGUUUCAUAGACAGGAUAUAUUACUGUUUCGAGAAGAUUGAGCAAAUUAGUUCAAAGCUUACCUGCUUUUCCUCAUUUAGGGUGUGGGAUGUGGGUAUGAGUUUGGAUUAAAACAAGAGUCACACCCACGCCCACACCCCACACCCACCCACACCCACCCACACCCACACCCACACCCACACCCC